AUGGCUGUUGGACCUGGUGUGGACAAUAGAUCAGAUCCAGUGCCGGCAAUGCCAUCUCCAAACGAGAAUAUCAACAGCGUGCAUGUCUCGGCUCUUUCGUCUUCGUCAUCCUCAAUAUCGGAUACUGAACAUGAUCGAAAAUCCAGGGCUGACCGUCCCCGCCUGGCGAGUCGGAAACCCAGUGCCUCCAUUCUUGUCCCCCGCGACCAUCCUGAAAUCGAGAUCGAGAAGGAGGAAUUCCCCCCGGACGACGCUCGUGCCAUGAGUCCGAGAAGGAACUCGGCAGAUGUUGAGAAACUCAGUAGAGAAGCAAGAGAAGCCUUACAAAAGCAAGCAAAUACCUUGCAGUCAUCUCUGCAAGCCCUCGCAGAGCGCAUUGAUGAGGUCAAGUCAGACCACGACAAACUAGAAAAUGAGAAUAGAUUCCUACAGGACUAUAUCGGUGAUCUCACACGGACGAUGUCCGCUAAGACGGAGGUUACAUCGACCAGUGGUGUCGGGAAAGGCAAGAAACCACAGAAGUGA